UUUCUUCCAAAACCAAAACACCACCACCAUCACCUUCUAAAAAUUAUUAUGAUAUCUUCAACACCCACAAAUCACUUUUGAGUUUGGAUCUUUACUCUUCACUUUCUAUCCUAGGAACGAAAGGAGGAGCUUGCUUAAUUAGUGUUGCUUGCUAGGUACCCGGGAUAGCGUUUUCAAAGCGUUUCGGUUGACUGAUUGGCAAUGGGAAAUGCAACAGGAAAGGAUGAAUCACCUAAAAAGUGGGUAGCAGAAACCAAGCUCGAGGCUAAAAUGGUGGAAGCAAUGCAACGGAGGGAAUGUCAUGGAUGUACCAUGAAAUCAUUCAACACUAUAAUCCUAAAAUUCCCGAAAAUUGACGAGAGCUUCAGAAAAUGCAGAGCCAUCUUUGAGCAGUUUGAUGAAGAUUCUAAUGGGGCAAUAGAUCAAGAAGAGUUGAGGAAGUGUUUCAAAAAGCUGGAAAUUACAUUUUCUGAGGAAGAGAUCGACGAUCUUUUUCAAGCGUGUGAUAUUAAUGAGGAUAUGGGAAUGAAGUUCAACGAGUUUAUUGUACUUCUUUGCGUUGUCUACCUUCUCAAGAAUGACCCUGCAGCAGCACUUCAUGCUAAAUCACGAAUUUUUGGCAUGCCAAAUCUGGAGGCCACGUUUGAGACAUUGGUUGAUACUUUUGUAUUCUUAGACAAGAAUAAGGACGGAUAUGUCAGCAAAAAUGAAAUGGUCCAAGCUAUAAAUGAAACUACAUCGGGGGAACGUUCUUCUGGAAAAAUAGCCAUGAAAAGAUUUGAAGAAAUGGAUUGGGAUAAAAACGGAAUGGUAAACUUUAAGGAGUUUCUUUUCGCACUUACACGGUGGAUUGGAAUUGAUGAAUUUGAGGAUGAUGAUGCAUAGGCCUGAAUCAUGUAAUCUAAAUGUGUUGGGCUGUAUCUUCUGCUAAUAGCCUGCAGCAGCAUUGUGAUUCAACCAAAACAAAAUGGCUUUUCCAGUUUUCACUUGUAAUAAAGGACAAAGUUGCUUCACGUUGAAUUUUCUUUUGAUGAAAUCAUUAUCAUUCGUGAUGUAAAUAGUAAGUGUUAAAUUGAAGAUAUAGUCAAACAAACUUACCUGUUAAAUGCUACCUUAUAAAUUGCAUUGCCUUCUUUA